UUGUCAAUGGCUAGGCUACGGCUAUACAAAAACAAAAAGAUAGGAUGACCGCGUCAUACAGUGCUUAUCAGCAGCCUCCACGCCUAUUGAUCAUAUAGCAUUGGCAAUGCAGAUCACGUUUAACGUUCAUUGCCAUAUGCAUAGUGAAUUUUAGUAUGAGCUGCAUGGCGAGCAUUAGCGAAGCUGUACUGGUAGAUCACAGUUCUAACUAUGACUUCGGAGUUUCUGCCACGGGUUAAAUUGUAGUUUGACUCAUCUUGCAUUACAUUUUGUAUGUAUUGAGGACAUUUUUCUGAGCGGGUUUAUCGGAAAAAAGGGGAAAAAUUAUGGCCACUCUGUCUCGGAAAGUGGUCGCAGUAGCAUUGAUCUUUACAUUGAUGACUGUCCUCGCGUAUUUGCACUUCAGUGAAUCUCCCAUGAAAUACUUUCAUCCGGUGCUAGAAUCAGUGACACAUCCCAACAGUAAUGCUGGUGAGAAGGAACACCGCAUCGUCAUCAUUGGUUCAGGUCCCACCUCACUUGGAGCAGCCCAGCGACUCCAUGAGCUUCAGGGGAAAUAUUUUAACACCAAGGUGACUAUUAUAGAGCAGCAGGACAAACCAGGUGGGCUUGCUUCAUCAGAGCGGGACAAAAAGGGCUUUCUUUGGGACAUGGGAGGCCAUGUGGUCUUCUCCCAUUACGAUUACUUUGAUAAGACACUGGACCGGGCUGUGGCACACUGGAACCAGCGAGUGCGGGCGGCAUAUGCUUUCAUGAUGGGUUCUGAUGGCAAAAGGAGGUUCAUCUCUUACCCCGUCCAAAACAACAUUGAAGUGAUGGACAAGACUGACCAACAGAAAUGUCUUGUGGGCUUGGAAGAGAUCACCCGUAACCCGAGCAAAGAAAAACCUGCAAAUUUUGAUGAGUGGCUGCAACAGAAAUUUGGGACUGGUCUGUGUGACGUAUUCAUGCGGAAGUAUAACAAGAAAGUCUGGACUGUCGAUACCACCGAGAUGAACACGGUUUGGGUGGGGGAACGUGUUGCUGUCCCUGAUAUCAACAAAAUCAAGGCCAAGAUAGCAGCUUAUGACAACGGAAGCCGGUUGGAGGAUUCAGGAUGGGGACCUAAUAGGUUCUUCCGAUUUCCCAGAUACAAUGGCACAGGGGGCAUAUGGCAAGGAGUUGCCAGUUUACUCCCUCAAGAGUGGUUUCAGUUUCGAACAGAGGUGACAGGAGUGGACCUGGACUCGAAAAGAUUGUUUCUCAAGAACAGAGGAGAUGACAGGAGGAGGUACACUCUGUCGUAUGACACGCUCAUAACUACUGAGCCACUGGACAUGUUUGUUAACAUGCUGGAAGGUAAGGAUAUAUCACUGGGUCAGAUGAAAGAACUUGUCUCAGGACUGGUGUACUCCCAUACUCACGUCAUAGGCAUUGGGCUUUUGGGCAAGCCUCCCAAGUUUCUGUCUGACAAGUCUUGGAUGUACUUCCCAGACUCUGAUUCACCAUUCUACCGGGUCACAGUGUUCUCAAACUAUUCUGAUGAUCACGUGCCAAAGCCGGGCACUUAUUGGUCACUUAUGUGCGAGGCAGCAGAGCCAAAGGACGCGACCAAUCCAAAAUACUGGACAAAGAAAAGCGUUGUUGCAGCCACUGUAGAGGCACUGAUCACUUAUGGAUUUAUCACUUCUGACAUUGUAGUUUCAAAAUACUACCGACGACUUGACCAUGGCUAUCCAGUCCCUCACCUGAACAGGGAAAAGAUCUUAAGCAUUGUCCAGCCAUGGUUAGGGGCACAGAGCAUCUACUCCCGUGGUCGUUUUGGUGGUUGGCGGUAUGAGGUUGCCAACCAAGACCAUUCAUUCAUGCAGGGAGUGGAGAUUGUGGACAGAAUAGUGCGGGGAAUACCAGAGGAAACGUAUCCAGAUCCAAACCUCGUGAAUACGCGCAAGAACACAGGCAGAUUCCUGCAGCAACCCUUGAGCUAUGAGUUUGUCAUUGCACACUAUAAUGAGAAUCUGGACUGGCUGAAGCCAUUUGCGAACCACAGUCACAUUUAUCACAAAGGACCAAACAUGGAACCACCUUUUGCAGUCAUAAAGUGGGAAACACUGCCCAACCUGGGUCGGGAAUCACACACCUAUCUCCACCACAUCAUAACCAAUUAUGAUAACCUUGCAAAUAUAACAGUGUUUCUUCAGGGGCACGGGCCUCGAAAAGACGGAGGCUUCUGCUUUCCAAAUCCAAUGGAUUAUGUCAAUAAUGCUUUAAGGAACCAAUUCUGUAGGGCAGCAGGAAGAACCAAAGAUUGGAGUGGUCUGAGAUACACAGGCAGUAUGCCACAAGAUCUCAAGUCAGGAGUUCUUCGAAAGUCCAACAUUACUCUGAGCGAUGUGUAUACUGCCAUGUUUAACACGCCACAUCCACCCUCCUUGCCUAGAUGCUUAAAGGGUUGCUUUUCGGGCACGAGGGACAAUAUCCGGAAGCGUCCCAAAAGUUUUUAUGAGAAACUAAUGCGCUUUGUUGACUUCCACCCUAAUCCGGAGGAGGGACAUUAUAUUGAGAGACUGUGGUGCGUCAUAGUUAAUCCCGUUUGAAGGGAAAUCCACCCUACUUUACCUCAGUUCUUUUAUGCAGACUUGACUCUUUGUCACACUCAUUUGAAAGGCAGCAGUCGCCAGAGUAACACCUCAAAGGUUACCAUCACUCUCAGAUUUACCGCACAGAUGUCGUAUGAUGUACAUGCACGCACAUGUACAAAUGUUUAUGUACAUUUCGUGUAUACAUGUAUGUACAAGUAUUCUAGACAGUAACAAGGAAAAGAUACUGUUCGUGGUUUUUGAAAAUGUGUUAACAUUGCCUCUUUUGAAAAUGAAUGGUUUUGCUUGUACAGCAGUAAAUUUUACCACAAUUGGAUAUUGAUCUGUCUCCCGUAUAACUGUAUAUAAAGAUAUAAAUAACUGUACUUUGGGGUCCAGAAUGGGGUUUGAGUGGAAAUGAAGGAUUUUAGGUACUGUACGCAAUUGCUUUUAAAUGCAAAAUGCAAGUUUUAUUGGAGAUUUUUCUUCUUCAGGCAGAGAAAAAUAGUUAAUAUUUUUGGGAUGGGGGAAGCAGCUGAUGUGCAUGUACAUGGUUAAUCAAAUUCAGAUGUAAAUGUGGUCCUAGAAACUGUAAAGAGGAAGUAUAAUUUGAGUGGCAUAGUGAGUGACACUACAUAUACAUGUACAUGUACCUCCUUGUAAUCUUGUCACCUGCCUUUCAAAUACACUGGGAUCUGUUUCAACAUGCUUGUUGAGUUGAGCCAUGUGCAUGUAAUGCUCUUCAUUGAGGUGACAUAGGCCUAAAUGGAAAAAAGUUACAUACAUACAGGUACAUAUACAUGUACUGCGGACUACAGCUUUAGGAAACUUAAACUACAUGUAUACAUGUAUGUAUUACGUAAUGAACCUUUACAUGUAUGUUGCGAAAAUUUCCUUUUGUAGUGUGAUUGAUGACCCACCCUCCCUGUUUUCCAAAACAAAUGAAUGGGUUGAAUUUUUCUUUGGUCUUUGAAUGCCCCUCAACUCCAAGGUUGUGUGGCUUGUUUGAUUCAGGACCUGUUUGUUUCACACGGAUCUGCAUCGUCAUCAGUGAUCCCGUAGUUGGUUCGCGCUAUCCAUUUGCCGGGUUCUGAUUCCAGUGAACCAAGGGCAGAUCAUGAUCAGUGAUCACGAUCCGAAUAUGCGUGAAACAAGCAAGGCCCCUAGUUUGAUAAAACACUGUUCAAACAGUGACAGGUUUACCUGUACUUGUUGCCUCUGGCUUGGGGCAUAAAAACAUGUAUAAUGGGGUGAUGUGAGAAUUGCUCAGUAUAUGUACAUUUCCGAAUUGCAGUGCGACUUGAGUUUUUUGUUAGCUGAAAUAGUUAAUACGAAUGUCAUUAAGGAGAUGCAGAUAAAAUCCAUCCAAACUUGAUACAUUUUUCUCUCGGGUCACUGCUUUGCACGUUAAAUAAUGUAUAUAUGUAGCUGCAUUGAAUUCGUCGGUGCGUUGGCGAAGUGACAACACCCCGGAAAAUCGAUGAUUUUUCGAUCCAGAGUUUUCCUAGCAUUUACCGCUAGCUUCCUUUGAUACAAAGAACAAAUGACAAGUACACGUAGCAGAAUUUCAAAG